AUGACCACCAAUGACAGUGACGCCGUGUAUCUUUUCGAGCGUACUGAGCUGGAAAGACAGAGAAUCUGGCUGCAACAGGCAUCACGAUCCCUGACUACCGCCGCGACGGCGGAUUCAGAAGCUCCUCCUGUGGCAUGCGUCGGAUUUGACAUUUCCGACGCUCACUUUCCCAGUGCGCCCCGCGAGAACAUGACCUUUGUCAAGCACGACAUGCUGAAGCCGUUCCCCCAGGAAUACCGCGGGACAUUUGAUCUUGUGCACCUGAGGCUGAUGGUCUUGGCUCUCAAGAAGGACCAGAUCGCCACGGCGGCGAAGAAUGCAGCCGCGCUGUUGAAACCAGGCGGAUAUGUGCAAUGGUCGGAAGUCGAGCCGGCCAAGCUCGAAUUCACCCCGACCACGCCGGCCAUCACGGCCGCCAGGGCCGCCAUGCGCGCCAACUCGGUUGCCAAGGGACUGGCCACCACUCCGUCGGUCGACAUCAGAGCCGCCCUCGAGGCCCUCUCCUUUACUGACCUCACUGUCGAGGACUACAGCAGCGCCGGCAGAGACGAGUUCACGGUUCCGGCGAGGGAGUGGACAAAGGCUGGCGCCAGGGCUGGCCUGCGCGUUGCGCUGGCGAGAUCCGGGCAGGACGGGGGUCAGGAAACGGCCGACACGCUCUUGGACGACUACGUGAGGGAUAUCGAUGCGGGCGUGGUGCCGACGCUACCACUGGCCAUGGUUGUUGGGAGAAAGGGAAAAGAUGGCGCCGUGUAG